AUGACUGCUUGUAUAACGUCGCCUGAUGAUGUUCAAUUUGCUUUAACAUAUUGCACAACGUUAAUCCACUCGAAUGAUACAUCUGCCGAAAUAAAUUCUCUGCUAUUAUUAAAACGUGUGAGGACAAUAAUAAAAUUUUAUAUAUGGCCAUUAGUAGCGUUGUUUGGAAUAACCGGAAAUUGUUUAUCAAUCAUCGUUUUAACACGUCAACGCCUAAUUCGCACAACAACAAAUAAUUAUCUAACAGCUUUAGCUCUAUUUGACUCAGGUUAUCUAAUAUUUACCACAAUUCUAAAUUUGGGUUCGCAUCCAUAUUUUGAAAAUGUAGAUUUGAUGAGUAUUCUACUCUAUUUAAUCAAACCAUUAGCAGAUUGCAGUAGUAAUACAGCUGUAUGGCUCAUUGUAUGUUUCACACUUGAACGGACAUUAGCAGUAGCAAAGCCUAUGUACGCUAGAACAUUGUGUACUAUUCGCCGUACACGAAUGGCUAUAACAAUUGUUUUAUUCUCAAGCUUUUUAGUAACUUUACCAACAUUUUUCGAAACAAAACUCGUACGAGACACGCCAGAUCAUUUAAGAAUGAAUAAUUCAACUAUAAAAAAACAACCACACUUACGUAUUCAAUAUAAAGAAUUAUUUAAUAAUAGUUUAAUUCAUCGGAUUUAUGUUGUAUUUAUUUGCGUUCUUAUUGUUUGGUUACCACUUCUUCUUCUCUGUCUGUGCAAUUCAAUAUUAAUUUGGUACGUUCAUCGUUUUAAAAACUAUGAUGAUUUUUGUCAAGCCAAUGGCUCCACUAAUGAUGAAAAUAAUCGUCAUCCUUCAAUUUUAACAAACAAAAAUGAUUAUAAUAAUCGUAAGUUUUCGUUAUCCUCACUCGCUUCAUCCUCCAACAGUACAAUCCAGCUUCGCCGUCACAGUCGAUCAUUUGUUCAAAAACGUAAAGUAACCAUCAUUCUCAUAUUUUGCUUAUCUGUUGCCGUCCUUCUAUGGACACCACAAUCAUUAUCCCUUACCUAUGAAAUAGUUGUUCAACGUUCGUCGAAUAUGACUAGAGAAGAACGGAUACUUUUGUUGAUAUUUAAUAAUUUUGCUAAUUUAUUUUUGUGUAUAAAUGCGUCGAUCGAUUUUAUUCUUUAUUGUUUUUUGUCAGACAAAUUUGCUCGUACAUGUAAGCAAAUUAUUUGUCGACAAUGCAGUAGUCACAGACAACUACUAAAACAUCGUAAUCGAAUGUUAUCUCUCGAUCGUACAUCGUUAAACCGAGGGGAUACAUGUGCCAAAAUAAAAUCGCAACGUCAACAAAGUUCGAAUAGUAUCAACAAUUAUUAUUUGCAAUUAUAUACACUGUAUGAAAUUGGAAGUAAUUUAUCUCAUCAAACAAGUCAUCACCAUCGAGUGCCACGAGCAACAACAAUGUCAUCGUUAAAUAAGAAUGAACGUAAAAUUAUCUAUCGAACAAGCGCAACACUAGAUAAAAAAUUGCUACCAACAUCGCUAUUAAAACGAACAUUUCAGAAAAAAGAUAUAUCACUAAAUGAUUCACGAAAACUUAAGUCAAAUAGACUAUUAGUUACGCAAAUAAUCGACUGUGAACGCACGUGUGCAACAUUAAUUGACAAGGAUGAUGGUGAAAUACUGAGAAAGUUAUGUCAGACGAUAGAAGAAAAACAGAUUCCUAUCAAACAGAUUUCAAAACAUUGUAGAUCAUUAUCAUUGAUGAAUAUCGGACACACUUCACAUCACUUAGAUACAGUAAUAGCACCGCUAAGAAGGUAUAGAAGUUCUGGUAUAGGUGUUUUCCAAUGA